AUCUGAAUAAUUUUUACCAAAAAAUGUCUGUCAGAACCUGAAGCAAAAAAUAAAUAUAAAUUUUUAAUUGUAAAAAAAUAGAAAUAAAUUUCGUUAAAAAUGUACAAAAGCGCAAAAAUAAUCCGGAAAGAAUUCCUGGACUACUUCAGCACAGAACUAGAGCACAAAAUAAUUCCAUCCAGCUCAGUGAUCCCAUGGUGCGACUCAUCAGUAGCGUUUAUAAACGCAGGAAUGAACCAGUUCAAAGGAAUCUUCCUUGAAAAGGAACAGGCUCCAUUUCCAAGAGUAGCAAAUUGUCAGAAGUGUAUCAGAGUAGGAGGCAAGCACAACGACUUAAAAGACGUAGGACUGGACACUUACCACCACACGUUCUUCGAGAUGCUGGGUAACUGGUCCUUCGGGUCCUACGGCAAGGAAGAAGCCUGCAAGUACGCGUGGAGAGCCUUAACCGAACUCUACGGGAUCAACAAGAGCAAUCUCUCCGUUACUUACUUCGCAGGUGACCAGGAACUGCAGAUGGCGCCUGAUUUAGAGACCAGAGACAUCUGGCGGAACAUCGGGGUUCCUGAUGACAAAAUCAGGGCUUGUGGUGCCAAGGACAAUCUCUGGGAGAUGAAUUUAACCGGACCUUGUGGUCCUUGUACUGAAAUUCACUUUGGUUCCACCGGUUCCGGGAACAAUCUCACGGAACUGUGGAACAUUGUGUUCAUAGAUCAUCAAAGGCUGUCAGAUGGCGCUGUUGUUCCUCUAGGGAGGCAGUUUGUGGACACUGGAAUGGGAUUAGAGCGCUUGGUUGCUCUUUUGCAGAACAAAAGCUCAAAUUAUGACACUGACCUGUUCCAGCCACUGUUCCAAGCUAUUCACAAGAGUUCCGGAGCUCCGGAGUAUUCUGGAACUUUUGGAGAUCAUAAUGAAGCUAGCUUGGAUACUUGCUACAGGAUUCUGGCUGACCAUGCUCGCAUGGUCACUGUUGCGCUUGCAGAUGGAAUUAUUCCUGAUAAGAAUCAGAAGCUUAGGAGAGUUCUUAGGAGAGCUACGACGCUUGCUAUUGACGCUUUUAGGAAUGAGGAUUUGCUGACAGAGCUGACUAAUCAUGUUGCUGAGAGUCUAGGGGAUGUUUAUCCGGAAAUUGGUGAUAAUUUAAAAAAGAUCCAAGUAAUAACUAAUUAUGAAAAAGAGCUUCUAAUAUCACAGCGAAAAUCUACAGGAGAAGCUUGGCAAACUCUUCUAAAAAUUAACCCAAGACUAGCAACAAUAAGCGAUCCCUAUUCUCCAGGAAUAAUUAAAGCAUAUACACUAUUGAUGAAAUUAAAAAGUAGGACCGGUAAUUUUGUAGCGCUGAGUGGAAAAGAAGCUUUCAAGAUUUAUGACUCUCAUGGUCUGGAUUUGGAAGCACUAAAAGAGCUCGCGGAGGUUGAGGGAAUCGAGGUUGAUGAAGAGGGAUUUUUUGAGGAGAUGGAGAUGGUCAGGAUAAAGUCUAGAGUUGGUAAAAAGACUAAUAGAAGAGUUGUUGCUAAAAAAACUCUAGAACAAUUAAAAGUUUUGCCUCAAACUGAUGAUUCGUUUAAAUAUCAGUAUAAUUUUGAGGAUAAAUAUACGUUUAAUCCUUUGGAGUGUUCAAUUAUUGGUGUUGUUAUUGAUGGUGAAUUAGAGACUAAAUCCAUAAAAUUGAAUGAAAAUCAAUUAAAUAAUUCAGAAAUUGCAUUAAUAUUAGACCAAACUCCAUUUUACGCUAGUGAAGGUGGUCAAUUAUCAGACCUAGGAACUAUAAAAUUAAAAAAUGGUAUUUUUAAAGUAGCAGUUGUUGAAAAGUCCGAAGGUUACGUGCUACACUACGGAACUUUUGAUUCUGCUGUGGAAGUUGAGAUUAAUAAUGAAAAAGUAACUGCUAUGAUUGACAGCGAGCGUCGUAUUAAUUUGAUGAUGCACCACACGGCUACGCACUUGUUGAACGCUGGGCUCAGGAAGAUAUUUCCUGCUGUGGCUCAGCGAAUCAGCGUCGUGACUCCGCUAGACUUGAUUUUCAGGUUCAGCACAUUUGGAAAAAAAUUCUCGCCUCAGCACUGCCAGGAGCUGGACUCGCUGGUGAAUAAGUCUAUUAAUCAAAAUAUAGAUGUCAAAACCGAGGAGAUAAGUUCUUUGGAGUUGAUGAAUCAGAAAAAUUUGACUUUAAUUCCUGGAGAAGUUUAUCCGGAUACUGGAUUAAGAGUUGUUGAUAUUGAUAGUGAAUUAAAGUCGAGAGAAGCUUGCUGCGGAACUCACGUCCACAAUACAGGUGUCUUAAAAAAUUUCUGCAUCACCGAAGUCCAUCCUAAAUCAUCCAGCGAGUACCUAAUAAAAGCCGUAGCUGGUCCCAAAGCCAAAGACGCAAAAACCAAAACAAACUUAAACUACCUGGUCGACGUGAAAGGCAAAGACGAUAAAAAAGAAAUAGUCGUCGACUUUAUGAAGUCUGAAGUCGAAAGAGCAGUAGAAAAAAGCGACUGCUUCAUAGUUCACUGCAUGAAGUCCAACGACAUUGAACCCGAAAGUGUUCCUCUUCAAUUGGCCUACAAUUAUUGUGACCACUUGCCGAUGUUUUUGAUUGUAAUGUCUAAAAAGAAAAUCCGAGCUCGCUGUUUUGUACCGAAGGAGUUCCAGUCGACUUAUUUUAACGCUAAGCUUUGGAUGGAGUCGAUAAAUAAAGUCCUGCCUGUAGAAUUAGGCACUUUUGGAGACGAAGAUCCACUUAGUACUUCUCACAUUAAAAUUGUAAGAACUUCUAAAGACAAAAUAGAAAGUCUAGUCGAAGAAGCUGCCGCUGAAGCGGAAAAAUUCGCAGCUGUGUAUUUUAAAAAAUUAAAAAUCAAGAAGAAUAAUUAAU